AUGGAAGAUAUCUCAACACAAUCAGCAAGUGAUGCAGCAGCUACAGCUACUGAUAUACCAUCAAAGAAAGUGAUUAGAAAGUUUGUUGGUAAAAAGAAAUUGGCUGCAAUGAAAGAAGAACAAACAGCAACUACACCAUCAACUACAUCGUCGUCAACAGAUAUUACAAUUAAAGAAAAAGUAAAACCAAAAGUAUAUGGUAGAAACUUUAUACAACAAAUACCAGAUGAAAUAUUACAAGACCCAAUAUUGAAACAAGCAGUCUCUGUACUACCGAGUAACUAUAACUUUGAGAUUUACAAGACGAUUUGGAGAAUCAAACAAGCAAAAUCAAAACGAGUAGCUCUUCAAUUCCCAGAGGGAUUGUUGAUGUAUUCGUGUAUCAUUGCUGAUAUAUUGGAGCAGUUUACACAAUGCGAGACUAUCAUUAUGGGUGAUGUCACCUAUGGUGCCUGUUGUGUAGACGAUUACACUGCCAAGGCUCUAGGUGCCGAUUUCAUGGUACACUAUGGUCACAGUUGUCUCGUACCAAUAGACGUUAGUGAAAUCAAUAUGCUCUAUGUCUUUGUUGACAUUCAAAUCGAUCUUCAACACUUUAUCGACACUCUUAAAUUCAAUUUCAACCUAAACCAAAAAAUAAUCCUAGUAUCAACUAUUCAAUUUUCUGCUUCUCUUCAAUUUGCAAAAGAUAAAAUAAUGGAACAUUUUAAGAAUAUUUAUAUACCACAAGAGAAACCGCUAUCACAUGGUGAGAUUCUAGGUUGUACAUCACCAAAGAUUAAUGCAAAUAUAUUCAAACAACAACCAGGAUAUCAAGAACAAGUGGAUGGAGAAGAAGAGCAAAGUGAAGUAUUGGUGUAUCUUGGAGACGGUAGAUUCCAUUUGGAAUCGAUUAUGAUUUCCAAUCCAACUUUAAAGGCAUAUCGUUAUGAUCCAUACAGCAAAGUAUUUUCAAUUGAAGAAUAUGAUUUUCAAGAAAUGUAUAAAAUUAGAAAAGAUGCAAUCACCAAGAGUAAAGAUGCAAAGAAAUAUGGUCUCAUUCUUGGUACUCUUGGUAGACAAGGUAGUCCAAAUAUUUUAAUUCAUCUUGAAGAAUUAUUAAAGAAAAAUAAUAAGGAAUAUACUAUAGUUUUAUUAUCUGAAAUUUUCCCAACCAAAUUAGAUUUAUUUAAAGAUAUUCAAGUAUGGAUUCAAAUAGCAUGCCCAAGAUUAUCAAUUGAUUGGGGAUAUGCAUUUACAACACCAUUAUUAAAUACUUAUGAAGCUGAAGUUGCUUUGGGAGGUAUUGAAUGGCAAUCAAUUUAUCCAAUGGAUUUCUAUUCUAAAAAUGGUGGAAAAUGGUCAAAUUAUCAUAAAUAA